AUGGUUGCUUUAUUGACUCCUUUAAAAGCUUUAGUAUUUGAAGUUUGCCGUAAACUGACAAAUUAUUUAAGCAAUACAGGAAUGUACAGUAAACUCGUUGAUUUGGUUCUGCAUGAAAAUGUAAACGAUCAAAUGAUUAUUUUUGUUCAAUCAAGAAAAAAAACCAAAUCACUAGCAGCAGAAUUGUUAAAGGAAAUACCUGAGUACUUACUUCAACAAAAUCCACCCCCUAGUUUCUUAUUGAAAGAUAUAAAAGAAAAUUUUUUGAACUACGAAGCGAAACUACUUUUAGGCGGCAUAGGUUUUCACAAUGCAUCUAUGGACAUCACACAAAGAAAACUCGUUGAAAAGCUAUUUAGUGAAAAUUAUAUAAGGAUAUUAAUUUCAACAGCAACUUUAGCGUGGGGUGUUAAUUUACCAGCCCAUACGGUAAUCGUAUACGGAUCCAGUGUAACUGAUCCAGAUACGUAUAAAUUAAGACGUUUAUCAUUGUCUGAACUUUUACAAAUGUUUGGAAGAGCUGGUAGGGUAGAUUUUAAUCAAAGCGGAAGUGCGUACCUAAUUUCACGUUUAGACGAUGCUAAGCACUAUUGUAAUAAAUUAGUUAAAUGCGACCCCAUUAAAAGUACAUUUUUAAAAAGCUUAGAUGCGUAUCUACUUGCUGAAAUAUACCUUAAUAACUUAAAAACACUGAACCAAGCUGUAGCUUGGCUUAAAAGUACUUUUUAUGCAGCGUCAAAUACAGCUCUAAGUUAUGACGAUUUUAAACAACUCAUAUUAAACAGUCUUAGCAGAUUAUCUUCAUCGCUGUUGAUUAAAAUUUCUUAUGGCCAUCAAUACGAAGCUUCAGCUGUUGCAAAAGUAAUGGUUAAAUACUAUUUAGACAUUGCAACAUUCAAACUAAUUGGUUUUGCAAGUGAUCCAGCAGCUAAUAUAAAAAAUCUUUCUGUGAAACAAAAUGAAUUUGUCAAAGACGAUGAUAAAUACGAUAAGUUAUUCAGAUUCUUUCCUAAUGCAGAUCUAAAAACGUUACGUGAUUUUGUUUUGAAAGAAAUGAAGCCUAAGAAAACUACUGAUCUUAGUAGUUAUAAUCAAUCGAUAUUGGCAUUACCUUAUUUUUUUUUGAAGUUAGAGCUUAAUAAUUCUUCUUCUGAAUAUAAAAACUCAAUGUCAGUCCAAAUCGUUUCGACACUGAAUAAAAGUAAUCAUAACAGACCAGUUAUAAUAUUUGUUGGACCCGGAGAUCACCGAAAUUCUACAAAAAUUUCAAUGUGA